UUUGACUUCCUGGUUUCUUUAAUAAAGGUGUGACGAUACUGUCUGCUGUAUUUUGCUGAUUUGAGUUCAACAGAAAGGUAGCUUACGAGCUCAUUGGGUUAAUUACAACAAGACGGCGGCUCAGAACACAGAUGAAGUAGAGGUGUGACCGACAAAGACGGUUUUCCAGAGGAAGAGAUGAGUGCUGAAAUUAGCACCAUCCCCACAUUACAGUUAUAUUUGGAUUCCCUUUGGCCAUCCAGUGUCGGAUCUAAAACCUUUGACAUAAACCCUUCCACUGCAUGGGUAUCAGCAUCCACGUCUCCGUACAAACCUCCUGUGUCUUCCAGCAUUAAUAUGGACCCCUGUCAGCCCAGUCCAACACAAGAAGAGUCCUCAGAACUGGGCUCUGAGUUUCAGACUCAGCUCGACCUGUUUCUCAAGCUGGGGUUUUCCCAGACGCAGGUCCGCGCGGCUUUCCUGAAACUCGGGCUUCAUGCGGACACAAACAAGGUUUUGGGUGAGCUAAUAAAGGCUGCUGGGGAACCAGAGGAUAAAGAUGAUUCUACAGCCUCACCAACGCUGGUUUCACGCGGGGAUGGUUCUGGUAAAGUCAGAAGCACCAAAAACCAGAGUGUAGCAACAGUGAUGAACACUCAGGAGGAGCUGGUGGAGGACGAAGAUGCACUCAGACCCAUAGUCAUUGAUGGUUCUAAUGUAGCCAUGAGCCACGGGAACAAGGAAGUGUUUUCCUGUCUGGGAAUUCAGCUGGCAGUGAACUUUUUCCUGGAGCGGGGUCACGUUGACAUCACCGUGUUCGUGCCUUCCUGGAGAAAAGAGCAGCCGCGACCUGAUGUACCCAUCACAGAUCAACACAUUCUGCGAGAGCUAGAGCGGAGUAAACUCUUGGUGUUCACACCGUCCAGAAGGGUGGCAGGAAAACGUGUGGUGUGCUAUGACGACCGUUUUAUCGUGAAGUUGGCAUACGAAUCCGAUGGCAUUAUUGUGUCCAACGACACUUACCGAGAUCUGCAAGGAGAGCGCCCCGAGUGGAAACGCUUCAUAGAGGAGAGGCUUCUCAUGUACUCCUUCGUCAACGACAAGUUUAUGCCUCCGGAUGACCCUUUGGGAAGACAUGGACCCACCCUGGACAACUUUCUCAGAAAGACUCCACGGAUACCUAAAAAACAGCCCUGUCCUUAUGGGAAGAAGUGCACUUACGGAAACAAGUGCAAGUUCCAUCAUCCCGAGCGAAACAAGCAAUCCCAGCGUGCCCUGGCCGAUGAGCUCAGAGACAAAGCCAAAAUUUCAUCGGCACCACACAAACCUCAAGUUGCCAGUCAGAGUCCGUCUCUGGAGGAAACCGUAGAGCAGAAACUCUCUCUGGAUGCGUGUGGAUCCGUCAAAAAAAGUUACGUCAGUGAAAAUGUCAUCAUCGUUAACGCUAGCCCGCAACCAACCCAACGCAAGUUUCCAAUCAAAAAAGAGCGUCGGCAUUCUCCAACAAGCUUAGACUCUUUCCCCAAUGGAUCCCAGGACCGUUUGGAUUCUGGCUUAGGCUCCUACGAUUGCCACACUUCAGAAACUUCCCACUGCGACCAUAGGAAAUCCAAACCAUCAAGCGGUGGGAGGCAUCGCUACAUUCCAGCCAACAGCCAGCCUUGCAGUUGCUGUUCUUACCAAUCCUACCAGCACCACAGCAGCUCCCCUAACUCGGCUUACAAUCAACCCAGGUAUCACUCCUAUGGAGGAGGUCCAGUUUACCCACACUCAAACAUGCACCAGUAUUCAUUUCCACACAAUAGAGGUCCUCCCCCUCAUCAAGGCUACUGGUCAGACCAUUAUGGUGCCUAUCCUCCAGCAUCCCACAAUGCCCUGCAGUCGGAGAGAGGACAUGGACACUGGUCGCCAUCCAAUCACAGUCCUCAGUGGUCCGAACGGGAGCAGGUGAGGAAGAAAUUACUUGCGAUUUUCAAUGCACGUUUGGUGGACAGAGCCAUGGACAUGUUCCCUUAUCUUCUGGACCCACAAAGACUGGCCGCAGAGAUUUUGACCCUUCAGUCUCAGGAUGGAGCUUUAUGAGAUUAUUGGUAUUGAUCGAAGGACUAGAUAGUAAUGCUAGCUCCUGGCACUUAAUGUUACGUCAAGAUCUCAGUGUAGUGUAGCUAAAACAACAUUAAGGUCUCAUUGCUCCUCAAUGACACCUUCACAUCAGAUGUGUUCUCAUGACCCGUUUUUGCUGAGUCAUUCCAUAUUUAUAAAGAAAUCUGAUGAAUGGCAUUAUAUGCUAAUUACAUAUGCGGCGUACACGUUCAUAUUUGCAUUUCACAUAUAUGAAAUGUCAUAUAUGCAACAUAUAUUUCAAAGUAUUGCAAAAACAUUCAUUUACAUGUGUGUGUAUUUUUUUUAAAGGUGCAGUAUGUAAGUUUGUCACCCAGUGGUUGAACUAGGUAUUGCACUCCUGGACUAAAACAAACGCAAGCGCAGGUUGCCGGAUUGGGGACAGGAGCGAGUGAUUUAAUCUGUGUUCUAAAUAAAAGCAACAGGAUGCGAUAGAGAGAAUAUUUUUUGAUGUUAGAAGUUUUUGUCCUAACCAACACCUCGAAAUGAUAUAUUAGAAAUGGCUUCUAUUUCACACAGAACAACAGAAACAUGAUCACCUCAGGUAAACCUCAUGUGCUUUAUUCAGUGUUAAAUGCUAACAAUGUGAGUUUGAAUGGCAUUUCACAUCACAUUUAUUGCCAUAUACUGAAAGCAGCUGAUAGCUCAUCUCAGAUCUUGAAAAUAAAAUAGAACUAAACACAUAUCAGGGAUUCAGCAUGUACAUUAAAAAUGUUAAAGAGGUUUAAUAUGUAUUAAUUGGAUGAUAAAUCUUAUCAUUUCGUGAGUGAGUGCAUAUUCUGUGCUUCUGAAUGGCUGUGUUUAAACUUCUGUUGUGUUUCGUCUGGUGCAAACAGCCAAAUUGCUUAUCACUGCGUAUCUCGUCAUGAAGUGUGUUGUUGGGACAUGCGGUUUACGUUCAUAAUAUUUAUAUUAUUUGCUAAUUAAUAACCUCAUGUGGAACUGAGUCUGCUACUGUCCACCGGAGGUUGCAUUUCAGUCAUGCUUUUAGAGCCUUUCUGAAUGAAUGAAUGAAAUACGCCGUUUUGCACCAAGGCAACCCGGGGGGCUGAAAUAUAAUUGGCUAAACUGGCUUUGGGCAGGUUAAAAGACCCAAAACAAAGACAGCGUUCAGUCACGGAAAACACAUUUUCAAAGCAGAAUAUCUGACUUCAGCAUUGAUUUUCAGAUAAACAAGAAUGUUCACUUAGCAUGUUUCUCAAAUAUCUGCAAAUUUAUUAUGGUAUGCUUUUAGAAGUCAAAAACUAACAUACAGCACCUUUA